GACUCGGCGACUCGGUCUCGCAUACAGUAAAACGUGGAAACGUGGAAAACGCAUCAUGCUGAAGACGGCUUCUUUCCUUUGCGCCGUAUUAGCGUGCGCUAACGCGGUUGUUCUCAGCGGCUACAACGGCCAUGGCCUGUCCUACAGCGAUUACGGCGAUCUCGCCGAUGGAUACAUAGAAUCCACCGGAUACAAUGUUCUGCCUACCGUCGCCGUCCCGGUGCACUCGGUGUCCGCCGCACCGUUACACCUGGAUGCAUCCCUGGACCACCACGGCUACAAACACGUCGAGCAGGAUCACGACUAUUACUCGCACCCGAGAUACACAUUCAAUUACGGGGUUCACGAUCCUCACACCGGCGACGUGAAGACGCAGCACGAGGUGCGAGACGGCGACGUCGUCCACGGUUCUUACAGCGUGAACGAGCCUGACGGAAGCGUGCGUAUCGUCGAAUACACGGCGGACGAUCACAACGGGUUCAACGCCGUCGUGAAGAAGGUAGGACCGGCGGUGCAUCCGCAACCGGUGCCGAUCGUCAAGUACGUCUCGCCUGCGCACUACAACAGCUACGACUACGAGAAGCACUAUUAGCGGACUUCUCGGACCUCCGAAAUGUGUAAAUACAACGUCGAAUCGGGCGUUUCGCUGAGGGGCAUUAGCCGAUAAUCAGUCUGCUAGUCAACUGCGACAGCGAACUACGUUUUCAAUUGGACGUUUCGAUUGGCUACCGAACAUUGUGAUUCACAAUAGCAAGGAAAAAAAAAGACAAAAAAAUUUGGUUCGUCUAUUCUUAGACUUAAGAUAGCUUCUAAAAGGGAUUCUCUGUUAGAAUUACGGGUUUCUUUUAACUGUGCGAUAAGUAAUAUCUAAUUUAUAACUGAGAUUAUUGAAAAACAUCGACCUUUCUGCUGACACAAUUGAUUUAAUCUCUGUUGCCGUAUGUCAAAAUAAAUGUAGUCUUGUCUUAAUUAUUCAUUUCAUUCAUCCGACGCUUUAUUUCCAGAAGCGCCCGAUUGUAUUAACUAUGUCAACACUCGUAAGCCUAUUACUUCUGCAGAUAACAGAAAUGCAAUUCUCUAUCUAUUUAUUUUACAUUCCGCUCGAAACUCGUGCAGAAAAAUAUUUUACACCCCUUGAAAAAAAGAGAUUAUUCGAUAUUGAACACGAAUUGUAACCGCGCAUGUCUAAAGUAUAUUGAUUUAUAUUUACGAUGACUACUACGGCGUCAUAACACAAAUUUCAUCUAUCAUCGCGGUGCCUCUUUUGCGUUCAAUUUUAGAUGUCGUACAACUUACAUACAUAAAUAUGUAUCACAAUUUUGAACAGGAUGUAUAAAUGAAAAUUUACUGCCUUAUAUUACCAUUCGAAAAUUUUUACAAUCUAUAUAUGCAAUAGAUAUACAUAUAGUGAUGAAUUUGAAUUCAAAUUUUAGAAUUUCAAGAGAGAAGAAAAAGUUUUUUACAGGGAUAAAAAAUUCAAUGCUAAAUUAAAAUAAAAAAGAAAGAAUUAAAUGUAUAUUUAGAAUACGAUCAACAGGUUACAAAACAGAUUUAAAAGAGCAAAAGUAGUUGUUAAGUUAUUUUUGUAACUCCAUUGUGUGCAUAAAAUAUAUUAUAAUACAUUUAA